UUUUUUUCUUUCAUUUUCUUUCUCAUUGUGGGGUCCUCUUUUUGACAGCCUAAUCAACAGCCUGGAAAUGGGUGUUUGUUUCCAUUGCAAAAAAUCACACUAAAAACUUAAACUUUAUGCUAUUUUCAGUAAUGGGUUUCACGUAACCUCAUUUUUUCCACACUUUCAUCUUAAUUUCUUCAACAUUUUUCUACCACAUUAUUCAAACACACACUACUACUAAAAAGGUUGUUUCUUUUUUCCUUCUAUUGUGGUUUAUGGCUUGGUGUUGUUGAACAAGAUUUAAGAGAGAGAAACUAAGCAACAAUGGUGAUUGUGAAAGUGAAACUUGUUUUGGUUGUUGUUGCCGUUGUUAUUGCAUUUUUUAUAAAUGCUUCAUUUGCAUUAUACACUCCACAUGAUAAUUAUCUAAUUGCUUGUGGUUCUUCAAAAAGUAUCAACUUUCAAGAUCGUGUUUUUGUUCCUGAUUCACAACAUUCUACACUAGUGUUGAAAACUGGAAAUUCUAUUGGCGUUGUUGCUAAUUCCAAUUCUUCAAGUAGUGUUCCAUCACCAAUUUAUCAAUCAGCUAGGAUUUUCACUGAAAAGGGUUCUUAUAGAUUUGAAGUUCAACAAGGUAGACAUUGGGUUAGGCUUUAUUUUUAUCCUGUUUCAAACUCUAUCCAUAAUUUGAGUUCAGCUUCUAUAACUGUUGUUAGUGAUGAUUUUGUUCUAUUGAGAAACUUCACUUUUAGGAACUAUAGUGGUGGUUCUUAUAUGUUUAGAGAGUAUGCUAUUAAUGUAACUUCUGAUAUUUUGACUGUAACCUUCAUUCCUUCGAAUGGUUCGGUUGCUUUUGUGAAUGCAAUUGAAGUUGUGUCUAUGCCAGAUGACUUGUUUGUCGAUCAGGCAUUGGCACUUAACCCAACAUCCCCUUUUAACGGCCUUUCCGAACUCGCUUUCGAGACCGUUUACCGAUUGAACAUAGGAGGAACCUUGCUCACGGCCGAGAAUGAUACCUUGGGAAGGACUUGGGAGAAUGAUCAGAAGUAUCUCCAUGUGAACAGCUCGGUUACUAAUGUGUCGGUCAGUCCUUCGAGCAUUAGGUAUCGACCGGGCGUUACGCCCGAGACAGCACCUAAUGAGGUCUAUGCCAGUGCUGAAGCAAUGGGGGAUGCAAAUGUAGCCAAUUCAAUUUUCAACAUUACUUGGGUUUUUAUUGUUGAUCCAGAUUUCUCGUAUUUUAUACGGCUGCACUUUUGCGAUAUUAUUAGCAACUCAAUGAACAAUUUGGUGUUCAAUGUAUUUAUAAAUACUGAUAUAGCUAUUGGAAGCCUUGACCUUUCAUCAAUGACUAAUGGUUUGGCUUUGCCUUACUAUAAGGACUUUGUUUCUAAUGCUUCAUCGGACAACACUUUGACGGUUAGCGUCGGUCCUGAUACAAUGGCAGACAUUACUAAUGCAACUAUGAAUGGAUUGGAGAUAAUGAAAAUCAGCAAUGGAUUGAAGAGUUUGGAUGGACUUUCUUCGGUCAAUAGUCUGCUUCCUAGUUCAUCAUCGAACAAGAACAAGAUAGGUAUAAUUGUUGGUUCCGCUGCCGGGGCUGUUGUUGCCUUAGCUCUUGUUGGUUUGUGUUAUUGCUGCAUUGUGAGAAACAAGUCAAAGUCUCCUCAACACGGACAUUCAUGGCUACCUUUGCCCUUAUAUGGAAAUUCUCAGACAAUGACUAAAAUGUCAACAACUUCACAGAAGAGUGGAGCAAGUGGCAUUUCUUUGGCGUCAACGAAUCUCGGACGGUUCUUCACUUUCCAAGAAAUCCUAGAUGCAACCAACAAAUUCGAUGAGAAGCUUCUACUUGGUGUUGGUGGUUUUGGCAGGGUUUAUCAGGGAUCCCUUGAUGAUGGGACUGAUGUAGCCGUCAAAAGGGGGAAUCCUAGAUCUGAACAAGGUCUUGCUGAAUUCCGAACAGAAAUUGAGAUGUUAUCCAAACUUCGUCAUCGUCAUCUUGUGUCACUAAUCGGUUAUUGUGAUGAGAGGUCAGAAAUGAUUCUUGUCUAUGAAUACAUGGCUAAUGGUCCCCUGCGGAGUCAUUUGUAUGGAACAGACCUACCGCCUUUAUCGUGGAAGCAGCGGCUCGAGAUUUGCAUCGGAGCAGCAAGAGGCCUUCAUUAUCUCCACACCGGUGCAUCACAAAGCAUAAUUCAUCGAGAUGUGAAGACAACAAACAUUCUCUUAGAUGAUAACUUUGUUGCUAAAGUUGCUGAUUUUGGCCUCUCCAAAACUGGUCCUGCACUUGAUCAGACUCAUGUGAGCACUGCGGUUAAAGGUAGUUUUGGUUAUCUUGAUCCAGAAUACUUUAGAAGGCAGCAACUCACAGAGAAAUCGGAUGUUUAUUCAUUCGGAGUAGUUUUAAUGGAAGUGCUAUGCACAAGACCAGCGUUGAACCCUGUCCUUCCGAGGGAACAGGUUAAUAUAGCCGAAUGGGCGAUGAACUGGCAAAAGAAAGGAAUGCUUGAUCAAAUCAUGGAUCAACAUCUGGUGGGAAAGGUCAAUCCUGCUUCGCUUAAGAAGUUCGGGGAGACAGCCGAGAAGUGUUUGGCUGAGUAUGGAGUCGAUAGGCCAUCGAUGGGAGAUGUUUUAUGGAAUCUUGAAUAUGCUUUGCAGCUCCAAGAGACUUCGUCAGCACUCAUGGAACCCGAAGAUAACAGCACGAACCACAUUACCGGAAUUCAGUUGACCCGUCUCGAGAAUUUUGAUAACAGUGUGAGUAUGAUUGACGGGAGCAACUCUGUCACAGAUGAUGAUGCGGAAGACGCUGCUACAAGUGCAGUGUUCUCUCAAUUGGUAAAUCCACGCGGAAGAUGAGUUCUUUCUGUGUAUCGAAUAUCGAUGAUUCUGGCCAAAAACCCAUUAAGUGUGGUGGCUGUUCUGGCCUUUGGACUAAUUGAAAAGUCCUGCUUAAUGAAUGAAGGUUAUUUUCUGUUUGGUUAUUUACUUUUGUAAUCUUUUUUGUUUUUUUACCUAUAAGCAAAUUACUAUAUAAUAUUUGAGUGGUACUGACGAGUACCAAAUAGAUGGUUAGAAAUUGUAUGUAUGUUAUCUAUAAGAUUCUGUUGUACUUUGUAUAAGGCAAUUAAGAGUUCAGCUCCAAUAGUUGUUCAUUCACUUUACAACAAAAGUUCUUUAGAAAAUGGAUCAACUGUUUU